AUGGGGACACGCCUCCCGCUGCGGUCUAAAGCGCUAACGUCCUCAGGGAGAGGAAACCAGUGGGAUGUUGAGCCGCAGAACCUCCCAAAUUCACACUACGGCGAAAAAGUCUCGUUGCUGGAUGGAGACGUUCAGAAAAGCAAACAUGACGAUGCUGAGGAAGCAGGGAGGAUCCAUGUGGUUCCGAUCCACGGGCGUCCGGACCUGCUGGUACCCUGCGCGGACCUGGUCAACUCCGAGUGGCGGAGGAGCCAGGCAGCCCGGGUCCAUUCCCUCCAGAAGUCCUGCUCGGAGUUCCCCGUCUGCCUGGUUCUCCUUCAGGGCCCCAGAGGGACAGAGGAGAGGCUCCUCGGCCACGCCCGGCUCACCCGGGUCGUAGGUCAUGGCAGCAGCCUGUUUGUAGAGUCAGUGGUGGUGUCCAAACAGGAGCGGGGGAAGGGCUAUGGUCGGGUUCUAAUGGAGGAGACGGAGCUGUAUGCUAAGCGCAGAGGCUUCAAGCGUCUGUGCCUGACCACCCAUGAUAAGCAGCACUUCUACGCCCAUCUCGGCUACGUCCUGUCCACGCCGGUGCAGAGCAAGGGUGCUGUGAUGGCGCUCCUCCCUACGGGGAUGCUCAUGAGACUUUCCAGAGCUCCAAACGCAGAAGCAAACCCAUCGAAACAAACGCCAACAAGAAUGGAAGACGUAGAAUGUACUUGUGUUGAUGGGUUACCUUCACCUUCUAAUUUACAAAAUCCUCUUAGUCUCUCUCCACCACCUCGUCCUCUUUCCUCCAUACCUCCACCACCUCCUCCACCACCUUGUCCUCUUCCUUCCGUACCUCCACCACCUCCUCCUACUUCUCUUUCCUCUUCAGUGCCUCCUCCUUCUCCUCCACCGCCCCAGUUUUCAGGAGACCCUGUAAUUCAGACUUUGACAGAAACCCCCUACAGAGACGCCAGAGGAGUUCCCAUCUUUUGGAUGCACAAGGACAUUUGAUGAACAGUUGGACAUGUCUGGGAGUGCACGUAUACACUCCCAGACACUUCAUAAAUAAAACACACUGAGACACACUCAGGGAAAACUGUCUUUAACCUCAGAGACGGCAUUAGGAAAUCAAACAAUCAAAGAUCAAUGCACUUCUUGCACAAGCUAACCUUCAACGUCCGGAACCAGUUGCAGAAGAACCAUAAAGACGGACAAAACACCAAUAAAGAGACAAAAUCUU